AGUCUUAAGUGUUAUUGACCCUGACAAACGGUAAAAAAUGAGGGUUUUUCGGAGCUCGGUGCAGUCUCCUGGAUGUUGUCUGGUCCGCUGCUGUCAUGAAGCUAAAACUGCUUUUCUGUUCCUUCUUCUUAUCGGUGCUCCUUUUACCUGCUGAAUCAAGACCCGGACACAAAGAUAAACAUGAACCUCGGUCGCGGCAUCCAGACCCCCCAGGGAGACGUAGGCAAAGGUUUGAGGAAAUAAUUAAAGAUAUAUUCUUUAAAGACACAAGCGACGAUGAUGACGAUGAAGAUUUUCCUAAUUUAGAAUGGCUUUUUAAGCUUCAAGACCUCCAUGGCCAGUGCAACCCAAAUCCUUGUCACAAUAAUGGUGUGUGCAAAGAAAAAGGCAGAGGAAGAUUCAAAUGUGACUGUCCAAAGGCUUUUGGGGGAAGAACAUGUAAACGAGCUUCAAGGGUGUGUGUGAAAGGCAUCUGUGGACGUGGUGAGUGUGUGCUGACUUCGACCCAUCCCUUCUAUGAGUGCAAAUGCAAGGAUCCUUUCCAGCCUCCCGACUGCAAGAAAUAUUCUGUGUGUGAGCCAAACCCGUGUAAAAAUGGUGGCCAGUGCAUCAAGCGGGGGAAUGACUUUGACUGCUCGUGCCGUGAUGGGUUCAGGGGACACUUCUGUCAAGUGGGCCCUGGUGACUGUUAUGUGGAUGAUGGUGAAUCAUAUCGUGGUAACGUUAGUGAGACAGACGAUGGCCAAGAGUGCCUCUACUGGAACUCACACUUUAUCCUGGACAACGGAAUUAACCCCUUUGGCUCGUCUGAGGACACAGAUGGACUUGGUCCCCACAACUUCUGCAGGAACCCAGAUGGAGAACCAAAGCCCUGGUGUUUUUACAGAAGAGGAUCAGGCUUGUAUUGGGACUACUGUGAAGUGACAAAAUGUCCUAAACCAACAAAUGUGGUUCCUACUGCUGCAGCUCCUCCUAGCCCCCAACCUCCUUCUAUUAAGCCCCCACCAACGCUCCCUCCAUCAACUACGGCCCCACCUACACCACCACCUACCACCUCGCUGCCUGUGACCUCUGAGCUCCCACCAUUCGUCAUCAAACCCACUGCUCCCGCUGUUCCACAGCAGUUCCUCACUUGUGGGAAUCCGCAACCAAAAAAGCCUCUUACCCGAAUCUACGGGGGCCUUAAAGUCAGUCCGGGGGCAAUGCCCUGGCAGGUGUCUCUGCAGGUGAAACAAAAGAACUCCAACCUGCCGUACAGACACAUCUGUGGAGGAGUUCUCAUUGAAAGCUGCUGGGUUCUGACGGCCGGGCACUGCAUUGAACAGAACAAGGACAUGCGAGUGGUGAUGGGAAGCCUGGCGCUGGAUAAGUUGGAUCCCGCAGCUCAGAUUGUUGAAGUUGAGAAUGUCAUUAGGCAUGAGAACUACAGGGAAACCCCUGCAGCUGUUUACAAUGACAUAGCCUUGCUGAGGCUGAAGGGGACUGACGGGUUUUGUGCUAACGAGACACAGUUUGUGAAGACGGCCUGCUUGCCAGAUUCCCAACUCCCUGAUGGAAUCGGAUGCACCAUAUCUGGAUGGGGGGCCACUGAAACAUCGGAUUAUGGUUCCAACCACCUGUUAGAGGCCAACGUUCUGCUGAUCAACCAGCAAAAGUGCUCUGAGCCCCGCGUUUAUGGAGCUAACAUUGAUAACACCAUGUUCUGUGCUGGCCACUUGCAAGGAGGGGUGGAUUCUUGUCAGGGGGAUUCUGGAGGACCACUGACUUGCAAGCAGACUGACACUCAUGUUAUUUAUGGUCUGGUGAGUUGGGGCGACCAGUGUGGAAAGAAGAACAAGCCUGGUGUUUACACACGUGUCACUCACUUUCUCGACUGGAUCAGGUCAAAGACUCGAGCAUCUCCUGUCUAAUCUGGCACCAUUUCUUGUUAGCAUGCUGGUGUGUGUGUGUGUGUGUGUGUGUGUGUGUGUGUGUGUGUGUGUGUGUGUGUGUGUGUGUGUGUGUGUGUGUGUGUGUGUGUGUGUGUGUGACCAAGCACAUGAAAAGAAAACAAAUGAAUAAAAUAAUAAGAACGCUA